AUGGAACCAAGUCCAGCUAAACCAACACCCGCGCCCAAGGAACAGCCCUCGGCGAUGGCCGCGUCCACACUUCGUGCCAUCGCCUCUAGUGCCAACCCCACCGUCGCAUUCACUCGAAGCCCACCUCGGACCAGUGGGGGCCGAGGCGGCGUCAAGCGCACGCGGCGGAAAGAAGAAAAACUGGCUGAUGAAGUGAUGUUGGUUCAACGCGACAUCCACCGACUCGAAGGCAAGCGGGACUGCAUGCUGGACUACCCCAUGCAGACGACGGCGUUGAACGAUCGCAAGUCGACGAAGAUCAUGUACGAGUACUGCACCUUGUUCGAGUUUGGGUUCGAUCACAAGAACAAGCAAGAGGGACUAAAGCAGGAGCAGUUUAUCCGAUCCAUCAUGCGAGAGGACCUGCAGAUCACAGGCGUCACAUUCACGUCCAAGGGCGUGGACAAGCUCAUCGGCGCCCAUCGCAUGUACUCGUCUGUCCACAUGAACUACAAAAUGCAGUUCGUGACCUGCGAGAACGUGCUCGACGACUCGGGUGCUGUGAUCGUGACCGAGCUCAAGACGAUCAUCUCCCAGCGCAUCACGCGCAAGAUGCUGCAGCUGUACUACCCCAUGGUGUUUCAGCACGAGGCACUGGUCCAGCGCCUCCUCGGCCAAAUGAUCGACAUGGCCGUGACCCAGCUGUACGAGUACGACAACCUCGGCCGCAUCGAAGGCUAUGUGCCGAGGAUAGGGGUCCUCGAAGCGUUUGCAGACCUGCUGGAAAACGCAGAUCUGGCCGCGCUCUGUGCCCUCGAGCACAAGCUCCGCAAGAUCUUUGAAUAA